AUGGCCAAUGUAAACGGAUCGUGUGUAGGUGAUGUAGAUGCAGAGAGUAAAGAUCGUGUUAAAAAUCCUGAGAAUCGCGAACAAGAUGUACCGAUUCAGAAGGGAAAGGGUUGGGGCAGAGUUCGAUACCUUGAACGCGAGCUGAAAAGGAGCCAGGCCGCUAUAGAGAACUAUCUAAAGGUUCUGCGGGAUAAAGAGAAACGUCUACACGACGAAGAACACGAGCACAGGUUACUUGAGUACCAUCUUCACACGAAAGAAAAGCUCAUCCAGGAACAAGGCAAAGAACUGAGAGAGCUUUUACGUCUAGUCACUGCUCAGAAAAAGCUCUUAGAGGACAAAGAUGUGAAAAUUGAUAGGAUGCGAAAACAGAUUGAAAGACUUAAAAGUAGCAGCUGGGGGCGGUUCAAGUCACGUUUUAGGUCUCUGCUUCACCUUUGAACACACCCGCCCAUGAGCCGCACACUAGACGCAGCUCUUGCCAUUCACCAUGGACAAUUAUAAGAAGGGGAGUGAGGGAGAGGGAAGGUCUAUUAGAUGGGACCACGGCAAGCAGAGUAUACUUGAGUGGUCGGAUGAUUGGGAGACAAGACACUUUGUGUACUUUGUUGGGCAAAGAGGUUUCACCUUUUGACUUCCUUUCCCGUCUCUUCUUAACACUUUCUUUGUUCUUAUAGUAUCUUUGGUAAAAUGUGUUUAACCUACAUUGGUUCUAAUUCAUGUUGAAUUCAUCCUGUCUCAUAUUGUCUUUAGUAAAAAAAAUGUUUAACCUUG